GCAGGGAGGGUGAUACAAUGUAACAGACAGGUCUGGGAAUGUAUCAGCGUUCCAGUGUGCGAAUGUAGCGAACGGCUGGGCGCGGGAGCUGCGCCGCGGACGCCUGUUCCCCUCCCAGUGGGGAUGGAGCCAGGGUCCCUGGUGCGUGCCAUCUUCGAGUUCUGCCCCAGCGUCUCGGAGGAGCUGCCCAUCUUUGGGGGAGACGUCAUCGAGGUGCUGAGCGUGGUUGAUGAGUUCUGGCUGUUGGGGAAGAAAGAUGGAGUCACGGGUCAGUUCCCCAGCAGUUUCGUGGAGCCUGUCUGCAUCCCCAGCACCAAGCAGGGUGAGAGGCUCUGUGUCUGCACUGAUGACUUCUGCGCCACAUCCUCCUCGGACCUGCCCCUCAAACGCGGUGACAUAGUGGUUGUGGAGGACUCCCUGGAUGGACACUGGCUCCGGGGCCGCACCUCCUGGGGCUCGAGGGGAGCCUUCCCCGCCUCCUGCACGCGAGAACUGCACCUGUCCACGCACGCCCGCCAGCACUCCCACAAGCCACUGGGUGAGCUGCCGCCUUACGCCCUGGGCCGGGCCCGGGCCCUGAUGGGGCUGUCCGCUCAGAUGCCUGAGGAGCUGGACUUUGCCGAGGGGGACGUCAUCACCAUUGUGGGGGUGCCGGAGCCCGGCUGGUUCGAAGGGGAGCUGAACGGCAGGAGGGGCAUCUUCCCCGAGGGGUUUGUGGAGCUUAUGGGGCCUCUGCAGUCACCCAAGACCACAGGCUUUGAGGAUGGGGAAGUGGAGGACAAGGUAGAGAGGCUGGAGGUCCCAAUUGAGAAGGAAAGUGAGGGACAGGAGGUCCCAGUUGAGGAGGUAGAAAAGGAAGGUGAGGGACAGGAUGUCCCAGCUGAGGACCCAGAAGAUCCCACCAGGUCAGCUCUCUAUGGUGUGGCCAUGUAUGACUUCCAAGCACUGGAGGCGGAAGAGCUGGACUUUUCCAAGGGGGAUAGGAUUCGGAUCACAGCAACACUGGAGGAUGGUUGGCUGCAAGGUACCUUGGCUGGCAGGACGGGGAUUUUCCCACUACGCUUCGUCAGGCUGCAGGGCGGCAGCGGAGAGCCUCCGAGCCUGGAGGCCAGGCCGGGGCCGAGGUGCGAGACAGAUGCCAGUGCCGGUCAGCUGGGUCCUGCGGCCGGUCCAGGAUCGGUUGGGGCACCCAGUCUCCCAUCCCUGCCGGCGGUGUCUGCUUGUCCCGAAGCCUUAGCUGAGGAGGUACGGGGCCCCCACAGUCAGUUAGACUCCGAAGGGUGGAGCUCCCAGGGUCAAGAGGGGUCAGAGCAGAGGGGCUCCCAGGGUCAGCAAGGGUCAGAGGGGUCAGGCUCCAAAGGUCAGGGGUCAGUGGGGUGGGGCUCCUGGGAUCAGCAGGGAUUGGGCUGCUGGGGUCAGCCAUUGUCAGAGGGGCAGUACUUCCCUGGUCAGCAGGGGUCAGAGGUGAUGAUGAGCAGCUCUUCCGAGCAUCCGGUGUUUCCCAGCCCAGUCCCGCGCGACAACGGAUGGAUCCCAGCGCCAUCCCCCGCAGGCAGGUCCCCUCCCCCCAGGUGGGACCUGGACGCCAAGUUGUCGGAGCAGAUCGAGGAGUUCGGCCGCAGCAUCCCAGCCCCCAGGUCACAGGUCGCCUGGCCCGUCCGUCGCCGCUUCUCCAUCUCGGACUUCAGCACCGAGCAGGAUGUGGCCAGGGGCUCCGGCCGCGCUUCGACCCCUCCCCGAGCAUCCAGGCCCGCCCCUCCCCGCCCCCUCACCCCCACCUCCUCCCUCCGCCCCUCCCGACCGGCACCCCUGCCCCCUCCCCGCAGGGGCGAGCUCGCCCACCCCAGGCGCCCUGCUCCGGUUCCGGAUGCUUCCGGCUCUCUCCGAGAGGGGCACGGGGUUCACAGGCAAGCUGUCUGUGGUCGCGGCUUCUCCCCUCACCUGCCGACUGAGAUGGACUGGGACCUUGAGACGCAGACCCACGAUUCCCCGAGCUCUGCACUCCGGGACAGCCAGACUUCAGGGACCACAGAAAACCCGGAAUUCUACCCCUCCAACAUCGCGGCUCCGGAAGAAGAGUUCCAAACUCAAGACAUGACACUGCUGUCUGUUAACCACACCUCCCUCAGGCCAGCGCCGGUCUCGGUGGCAGUGGAGAGACCCGAGCAGAAGAUGAUGGAGAAGAGGGCGAAGGUGAUCGAGGAGCUGCUGCAGACAGAGGCCGAUUACAUUAAGGACCUGGAGAUGUGUGUGGAGAACGUGCUCGUCCCACUGCAAGCCAAGCAGGCGAGGGGUGUUUCCCAGCUGCAGCAAGUAGAUUGCGAAGCUCUCUUCGGGAACAUCCAGACCGUCAUCGAGGUCUCCAAGCGUCUGCUCGCGGAGCUGGAGGAAAUGGACACCAUAGGUCAGGUCUUCCUGUCCUACAGAAAUGAUCUGCAGGACAUGUACAAUGUUUACUGUCAAAACCAUGAGGAAGCCAUCGCCCUCUUGGAGAUGUACGAGAAGGACAAGGAGAUUCAGGGGCACUUCAACACCUGUCUGGAUCACCUCCGAGCAAUUUAUCGUCAGUGGGGGAAAACUAACUACAUCAACCUGGGCUCGUUCCUCAUUAAGCCUGUUCAGCGGGUGAUGAGGUACCCACUGUUACUGUCAGAGCUGUUGAACACCACCCCAGAUGGGCAUCAUGACAAGAGGCCACUGGAAGAGGCAGUGCUUGCGGUGAAAGAACUCAACGUAAACAUUAAUGAGUACAAACGGCGAAAGGACCUGGUUCUGAAGUAUCGUAAGGGUGACGAGGACUCUCUGAUGGACAAGAUCUCCAAAUUAAGCAUGCACUCCAUUAUAAAGAAGUCAAACCGAGUGAGCAGCCACCUCAAGCACCUCACUGGCUUGGCUCCUCAGAUCAGAAAUGAGGCAUUUGAGGAGGUAGAACGGAGAUUCCGGGAGCAAGAGCGGCUGAUUAAGAACUUCAUCCGGGACCUGUCACUUUACCUGCAGCAGCUACGGGACUCGGCAUCAGUGAAGGUUCUGGCUGCAAUGAGUAUUCUGGACAUGUACGGGGAGAAGAACCACACCAACCUGGACCAGUACCAGCGGGCUCAUCGCCUCAUCAGUGACAGCCUCUUCAAUGACUUUAAAGAGCGGACCGAGAGGCUGGUGAUCGGCCCGUUGACCCAGCUGCUGGGGAUGUGCGCGGGACCCCACAAGCUGAUGAUCAAGCGCUUCGACAAGCUGCUGGACUACCACAACUGUAAGGAGCGGGCGGAGAAGCUGAAGGACAAGAGAACUCUGGAGGAGCUGCAGGCGGCCAAGAACAACUACGAGGCCCUGAACGCCCAGCUGCUGGACGACAUGCCCAGGUUCCACCGGAGCGCCGAGGAGCUCUUCAUCAAUUGCAUGCGAGGCUUCGCUGAGGCUCACCGGGACUUGGUGGGAAUGACACUGAAGGAGCUUCUCCCUUUGAUGCAGCUGGUCUCGGUGGUGAGUAAGGACACGACCAUCGUCGCCUCGUUCCAGGAGCAGCACACGAAGGCCAUGCAGCAACUGCAAGUCUUCAGCUUCUUCCCAGACACGCUCCCUUCCUCCCGAAAGCCAUUCGAGCGGAAGACCGCAGAGCGACAGUCUUCCAGGUGGCAAACGUCAGCAAUGCCGAUGGCCAUCUGUCAGACCGAGGAACGGCGGGCAAGCCUGCUGGCCAAGUACGAGCCGGACAAGCUGUUCCAAGCCGAGAGGAACUUCAACGCUGCCCAGGAGCUGGAUGUCUCCCUCCUGGAAGGAGACCUGGUUGGAGUCAUUAAGCAGCAGGAUCCCAUGGGCAGCCAGAACCGCUGGCUGGUGGACAAUGGAGUGAUGAAGGGCUUUGUGUACAGUUCCUUCUUGAAGCCCUACAACUCACGUCGCAGCCACUCGGAUGUCUCGAUGGGAAGCCAGUCCUCCAAUGAGUCCGGCUACAGCGACUCCUCACCAGUGAUUUCCCGGCAAAACAGCGCCUCAGCACUGUCAGUCAAUCACUCCGGCGGCACCAUCCUCUCCUCCUCGCUCCCGCCGCAGGCGCCGGCCCCCGCGGAGAACCCUCGCCACGCUGCCUCCCCGGCCCGCGCCCAGCCUGCGCCUCGGGCUCCAGCCCCAGCCGUCCGCUCCAGUGCCUCCGAGACCCUGGGCUCCAGCCGGCACGGGGAUCCCCGCUCCGCGGGACCGCCAAAACGCUUCAGCCAGAUGGAAUACUCGCUGCCGCGGAAAAACUGGGAAUGCCAGAAGGUCCUGCGCCGGACGUCGUCUCAGGAGGGCUACCUGGAGAGCAACAGCUUUGACCCCGGGCAGCAGGUUUACUACGCAGUGUACGACUUCAGGGCCCGCUGCGCAAACGAGCUCUCCAUCGUCAACAACCAGCGGCUGCGAAUCCUCCGCUUCCACGACAUGAACGGGAACCGCGAAUGGUGGCUAGCGGAAGCCAACGGCAGGCAGGGCUACGUUCCUGCUAACUAUAUCCGGAAAACGGAAUACACGUGAGGGGAGAGUUGGGGAUGGAACUAACUGCAGGUGUCAUCUCAUGCUUUACAUAACUGGACAGAAGAGGAGACCAGGGCCUCCUGGUAGAACCAGACAUCUCAUUUCUUUCAGAAAGGGAUUGGACUUAACUUGGGACAAAUACUGGAGCUGAUCUCGGCCAAACCUGCUGAGACGCAUCCUUGUCGAUCAAAAACAUCCAGCGAUGAACACCGUCCCAUGUCUAAAGAACUUUAAACAGUUUGCUGAUCUGGCCUUUUCCCUCGGCCCCUGGUUUCCAUGACAACCAGUCUGAGGUUGGGAGCAGGGUUAUCUCGUUGUGUGUUGGUGACAGUGCCGGGACCCCGAACGGCUGCUGUGAUCACACACAAUUGAUGGGAUAUCAGGAUCCCUGGGUGCUGGGGCCAAGGCAUGUUUACAAAGCCAAUGAGGACAUGGUAUGAAACACUUAACAGUACCGUAUUGUAUAAAUGCAGCAUUUAAGCUUGAUGUAUCAUUGAAUGUUCAAAGGUGUUUUACACGACAUAUGGCAGAGUUUUAUAAGUUACUCGGUUUGAGUAUUUCAGCUGUGUCAAGUUGAAGUACAAGCCUGGUCACAAUUCUCAAGAUGCUGGAAUAACUCAGCGGGUCAGGCAGCGUCUGAAGUGGAUAAGGGACAGUUGGCGGUUUGGACCAAGCAGCAGAGAUCGCAGAUAGAGAGCAUUAGAGAGGGUCUUACUGGACCCUCAUUGAAGAGCUGAGGAAAACCUCUUCAACGUGGGUAAACCUUGAAGAGACCUCACAGUGGAACGGCAAAGUGUGGACAGGAGACCGCAGCUGUUGGAAUCUGGAACCACCCAAGAUGCUGGAGGAACUCGGAGGGGUCACACAGCAUGUGUGGAAGGAAAUGGACGGUCCAGACAAAGAGUCAACAACUGUCCAUUUCCCUCCAUAGAUGCCGCUCGACCCACUGAAUUCCUCUAGCACCUAAUGUGUUGCUGUAGAUUCCAGCACCUGCCAUCUCCUGUUUCCCCUACCCUGGGCAUGUUAGGUCAGCUAUCCAUCUUGAGAACUGUGGGCAAAGAAGUUUGACUCCAGACUGUGACUGAAGAAAACCAAAGGAGGUGAUUACAGCACAGUACAGGCUCUUCGGCCCACGAUGUUGUGCCGACCUUUUAAUCUACUGUAAGAUCAAUCUAACCCUUCCUUCCCACCCUCCAUUUUCCUUUCAUCCAUGUGCCUGUCUAAGAGUCUCGUAAAUGCCCCUAAUGUAUCUAACUGUACCAUUGAGUGUUCCACACACCUGCUGCUCAGUGUGUUAAGAAACCUACCUCUGAUGUUCCUCUCCCCCCCCCCCCCCCCACCCAACCAUCCAAUCACUUUAAAAUCAUACCCUCUCAUUUCCGCCCUGGGAACGUGUCUCUGGGUGUCUGUUUGACCACACAUCUUGUCUCAUACACCUCUCAUCCUGCUUCACUCACAGGGGAAGGCGGGGAGAGAGGAGUUUUUCAAAACCAAAUGCAAUAGAACUGAAGCUCCUCCUGGUAUCAGCAUCUGGGGGAAACCACUCAAGAAUGGGUACUGGUCAGUGGGAUGCUGGGAAACGGGGUCCAGGUGAAACGCAAAGCCAAGUGUCUGCCUAACGUGCGUGAAUCUUCUGAGCGGAGAGCCCUAGCGAUUGGACAUCAGCUCUUCCUCCCACUAACACGUGCUUCCACAGCUACCCUGUGAUCAAUGUGGGCUCUUUAUGACAAUGGCUUGAAGACCCUUUCUUCAAGGUUGGUCUGUGUGCUUCCCAACCACGUUGUCACCCUGUGCUACUGCUGGAGAAUCUUAUUCUUGGCUGUUGGGUAAGUGAGCGACUUGGGUCUAUCACAAACCCAGUCUCCAUUAAGCCUUGACCACAGCAACUGUGGGGUUGUGAUGGUCCAUCCUCCUGACCCGGCCUCACCUAGGCAACCGGACAGAAUCACCAAACCUGUCUGGGUCAGCUGGGAAUGUGGUUCUGCGAUAUCCCACCUGUGGAAAACAGACUUGGUGCUAAGAAAACUGUGCUGGGAAAAGGAAAGGACUUUACACCCCCUAACUCCAAGGAGCACCCUUGUGAGAGACAUGCGACUGUGGGUAUCUGUGAGCAGAGCACAUCUGUAUUCUGUAAAUAUGUCACCAUCUCAGAGAAUGGACACAAUCAACACCUGGAGCCAACAAAUGAAGAGAAUGUCUGUUCGGGAAUUAAAAAGAUUUUUAUUUCUCCAAA